UUCUCCACAGCCUAAGCAUAUCCUGUGACCUCCCGACAGUCUGCCUGUUCAAGAUGGCCGCUUAAGUGGAGAAUUUACACCUCUCCAGUAAAACUAAUCCAGCAGCUAGCUGGCCGAACAACUUUUACCGUGGAAUUACCCUAAGAUACCAGCAACGUUUUCUUCUGCGUUACAUCUGAAGAGAAGCAUAAUUGUUGAGGUUCGAGACAUGGAGUAAAACAUACUGAAACUGUAGGGCAUAAAAAGCCUCUUUCCUUUAGUGCAGCAUGGACAGCUUCUUCAAGGCAGCUGUAUGUGAUCUGGACAAGCUGCUAGAUGACUUUGAACUCAAUAGUGAGGAACACGAAGGCAGGCCUAUUUCUCUGAAGCCCUCUGUGUACCCCUUCUCCUCACUUGGCCCUCAGUGUUCACCCACAGAGCUGUCCCCAAUUCCACCAAGCCUCCCGGACCUUAAUUCUCUUCAUUAUGGAUUGACACCCAGCUGUCCUGAUGGUUCUGCCAGUCAUAACCAUAACCGCAGCACUGAUAGAGAGGUCAAAGGUCAGCCUCUCACAGGUGUGGACCUUCUGUUGUCUGUGGAUCGCAGGUCAGCCAAAAGCUCUACCCCUCCCUGUCCAGACAGAGCUUUGAAACCUGUCUGCGACCUUGUGAAUGACACAAGCUCAGCCAUUCUGGUCAGGUCCAGUAGCCAUGAUGCCUUCAGUAAGCUGGACAUGGUGGAAAAGCAAAUGGAGGAAGAGGAGGCACUGCUUGUGGAUUUUAACAGCCCUGAAGUAGGACAAGAGCAAGAGGGUGCACGCCAUAGUCGAGACACCCAAAAAGAGCAAACCAUUGUUGGUAAUGGAUCUGUACUGUUGAGUCUAGAUUUACAUGAGCAGAGUGGUGGAUACUCUGCCUCACUCAGUCUGCUUGAUGUCAUUCUCCCUGCAGCAGUGGAAAGGAGCUGUGAUCCCACAGAUCAUUCACUAUCUUCAAUAGCUACUGACUUAACUAAUAAAGAGGAGCGGGACAGUGAAGGGGGGGAUAUCUCUGACCAAGUAGUUGAGAACGCUGUGGAGCAGAGUGAUCUAGAUCCUGUUGAUGGUGUUAAAGAAACUAGAACAAUUAAAGUUAGUAAAGAGAAUGAGUCUCAUGAAGUCUUGGAUGAAUGUGAAGCAGAGCGUCUUCCAAGUCAGGAAUCUGAAGCCUCACACAGUGAGCCGGUAGCCCUAUCAUGUUUGCCCAUAGCUGUGUCCAUGUGCGGCGCUCUUGUGAACCCAAAGACCACAGAAGAUGAUUCAGGGGAAGCUGAGCCAUGCAUUGAUGCAGAUGUAUCUGAGAGCACAGAGGCAGAAUCCCUGUCAGGCCUGGAAGCCAAGGAGGAAGAGUCCCGUUCAGAGGAAGCCGUGUCCCAUCCGGAGGCACCCGCUUCACAUCCGGAGGCACCCGCUUCACAUCCGGAGGCACCCGCUUCACAUCCGGAGGCACCCGCUUCACAUCCGGAGGCACCCGCUUCACAUCCGGAGGCACCCGCUUCACAUCCGGAGGCACCCGCUUCACAUCCGGAGGCACCCGCUUCACAUCCGGAGGAACCUGCUUUACCUGCUUUUAUGGCCCAGGAGGUUGCAGAGGGCAGACAGUCUCCAGAGGGGCAACAACAGAUUUUUCUUGAAGCUUCUACAGAUCUUACCUCCACCAAUUGUUCAGAAACCAGCCUAGUAGAUCCUCCAGAGUUUGGUUUCGAGUACCUCCCUGAGAGCGACCAGGCUGAGCUGCUGGUUACAGAUGAGGAGUUGGAUGCUUUCCUGCAAGCACAUGCUGAAGCAGAACAGGGUGUUUCUUAUCCUGAAUCUCUCCCAGAAUCAAACAGGGCUCCAGAGGACAGGCUUGUAAAACAGGACUUAGGUCUACCUUUUCCAGAAAGUGCUCAAGCAAUAUGUGUAUCUGCAGAGGGGAGCAUUAACCCUGGUGCUCUAUCAGUAUCAGAGGACUCUUGCAGACCUUGGCAAGACUAUUCUUCUGGGGUAAGCUAUUCUCUGACCAGCAACACUUUCCAGUCCCAGCACAGCAGUAGCCCUGAUCUACAACCCUCCUAUGGAGGUGCAAGACCUAAACAGCUGCACUGCCAAACUGCAAUAUCUCCAGCAGCAGGAGAAGAGGAGGAGGAGGAGCUGGCUCAGACGUUAAGUGCUUCUACAACAGUGCCAAGUACUGCAGAGGAUGGAAAAUGUUCACCAAUAAACCCCAGUAUUACAGAUGAGCAUUCCAAUUUUAGGGAUUCUAACCCUUCAUAUGCAACUCAGGAGGAUCAGGAUUACAGUGUGGUGUAUGAUGAACUGUCAGAACCCCCACCUUACCCUGGGGAGUUUACCACAGACAGUACCAAGGCAGUGAGCUGGAAAAGGGAGGGAGUGGAGGAGCUAGGGAACAGACAGCCUGCUUGGGUCCCAGACUCUGAAGCUCCCAACUGUAUGAAAUGCAAUCAGAAGUUCACUUUUACCAAGAGGCGGCAUCACUGUCGUGCCUGUGGGAAGGUUUACUGUGCUGUGUGCUGCAACAGGAAGUGUAAACUGAAAUACCUGGAGAAAGAGGCUCGUGUAUGUGUCCUCUGCUUUGACACCAUUCACAGAGCCCAGGCUCUGGAACGGAUGAUGAGUCCUACAGGUCCUAGCCCAAACCCAAAUGUCCCAUCUGAAUACUGCAGCACAAUCCCCCCUUUACAGCAGGCCCGUGCUGCUGGUACUCUAAACUCCCCACCACCUACUGUCAUGGUGCCUGUGUCUGUUCUUAAACACCCAAGCAAUGACGGUUGUCCUCGUGAGCAAAAGCGCGUGUGGUUUGCUGAUGGUAUCUUACCCAAUGGAGAGGUGGCAGACACCGCCAAGCUGUCUGUGAUGAGCCGCAGGAGCUCCCAAGAGUUCAGUGGUGUCACCCCAGAUGAGACAACACCUGGCUUACCUGGGGCAGAGACCGGAGUUAAUAGUGCAUCUUCCCCUGAGGCUGCUGUGGCAGCAGAGGUAGUUUGCCGCCCAGUGUCUGGACCCUGGGAUUUUGCGUUGCUUUGUGGAAUUGGUUCUUCAGUGAACAGUUUUCCCAGUCUGCUGCCAGACAAUGAAGACGAGCUGCCUCCACUGCUCAUUGCCACUGGAGAGGACGAAGGAGGAGAUGUUUUAGUUGAGGAGAAUCCUGCUCCAUGUCAGAUUCUGCACUUACUAGAAGAAGGCGGACCACGUCCUCUGACAUUUAUUCUUAAUGCCAACCUGCUAGUCAAUGUCAAACUGGUGACAUACUCUGGCAGGGAAUGCUGGUGUUUUGGCUCUAAUGGGCUGCAGGCUCUGGGACAGAAAGAGUUAGUAUUUCUGUUGGAGUGUUUGCCUCAAGAAAAAACUCUUCCCAAAGACCUUUUUACCAUAUAUCUCAGCAUUUACCAGGAUGCCCAAAAAGGCAGGUUUGUGGAGGAGCUGGAUAAUGUGACUUUUACAAGUAGUUUCUUGGGCAGUAAGGAUCAUGCUGGGAUGGUAUUCUUCUCUCCCACCUGCCAGUCUCUAGACGGCCUCACUCUCCCUUCACAGCCAUUCUUGUUUGGCCUGCUCAUUCAGAAACUGGAGGUGCCCUGGGCCAAAGUCUUUCCACUGAGACUGCUUUUGCGUCUUGGAGCUGAAUACAACUCGUAUCCCACCACACUGAUAAGUAUCCGUUUUCGGGAGUCAGUGUAUCGAGAGACAGGACACACCAUUAUGAAUUUAUUGGCUGAUCUAAGGAACUACCAGUAUAGCCUGUCAGUGGUGGAGGGCCUGAGGAUCCACAUGGAAAUGGGCCACAGCUACAUUGACAUUCCCAAAAGUAGCUUCAGUGAGGUGCAGAAGGUGAUAAAUGCAUCCAAUGAACAUGUCAUUAGCAUUGGAGCAAGAUUCAGCUCGGAGGCCGACUCUCACCUGGUCUGUUACCAGAAUGAGGAGGGAAAUUACCAAACCCAGGCCAACAGCAUGCCUGGGAAGUCUCGGACAGUCACUGGGGCCAGUUUUGUGGUGUUCAAUGGAGCACUUAAAGCCUCCUCAGGUUUCAUUGCGAAGUCCAGCAUUGUAGAAGAUGGGUUGAUGGUGCAAAUCCCUCCAGAGACCAUGGAAUCUCUUCGCUCUGCCCUCAGGGAGCAGGCAAACUUCCACAUACCCUGUGGCAAGAUUAAUGAUGAGCAGCUCAGAGAGAAUGUGACUGUCCGCUGGGUGGAGUGGAAUCCACCUGUCAACACAGGCAAAACUAGUGGAGUUGAUGGAAGAUCCCUAGAUGGAGUGCGUAGUGUGAAGAUGCAACAAGACACUGAGUUUGAGUCAGACGGUCGGCUGAUUACAUGCACUGAGGUAUUCUACCAGCUGAAGUCUCCAGACUGCAACCUGGCAUCUGUCCUAUCGUCCUGCAGUGUUUUUCAGAAGGAGAUAGCCUUGGCAACCUGCAGUGCUCUCACUCCUCACCUCGCCGUUCUCACUUCCAGCGGCAUCAACUCACUCUCACUACGUGUCUCGACACAGGCUGACAUGGUGGAGUACCAGGCUGGCUCCAGAGGCAGUCUCCUCCCACAGCGCUACAUGAAUGAGAUGGACAGCGCUCUGAUCCCUGUCAUCCAUGGGGAGAGUGCAAGUGUGCCACAGACCGCCAUGGACAUGGAGUUCAUGUUCUAUAUCACACAUGCCAUUGAAUGUGCAUGUAGACCAUGACACGCUCAGUUUUGGAGGCAAAAAAACAAAAACAAAGCUGCAGCUUCAGGCAGGAUGCUUGUUCACAGCUGGAGCAGCAGCCACCCACACAUGAAGAACAUUUCCACUCUGAGGUUCGUGAUUUAGAGGGAUCCAUGAUUGGAUGAUGGUUUUCUGUUAAGAAGCCAUUGUACUUUUGAGUGUUUCAUAUUCACCAAAGCUGCUUUAAUACAAGAAGCCAAACACUAAACAAGAAAUAUGACAACAUGACCAAAAGCAACCAAACUAUUCAAAGCGCUUUCCUCUGCUCUGCCUUCCAGACUCCCUGCUGGCCUCCGUCAGUGUGGAAUAACUCAGUGAAUGUUUCCUACAGACACUAUGGAAGUGGCUCUCAUCAUUUUUACAUUAAAAGUAGGGACAUUACUGAGCGUAGACAGGUGAUCAGGUGCUACUGUAGAGCUACUUGACAUACACAGCUGGCUUGUUCUAAACACAGGCAGCACAGGGCUCACUUUCUCUCAAGGUACUAUGGUCUCAUUUGACAUGAUGGUUGUGAUGAUACUGCACAGGAAAACAAUGGGCCUUCUGCAGGAAACUUUUUUGUAACUAUGUCCUGGGGCUGGACUGAUGAAUGAUAUUUGAUUUAAAUUCCAACUUUGCCUUUUAAUGAUAAUUUAUAAAAACUAAACCAAACUUCAUUACACUGCACUGCUCUAAAGGACACCUACCUACGUGCCCAGAGUUUCUCCCGGUUUAACUCAACUCGAGCUAAGAUAAGUAGAGUGUUUGAUCAACAAGAGUAUCUACAGGGAGGAUUAACAAUCGCCUUUAUGUCUAGAUUGCUCAGGGUCUCUUUUUUUGGGGGGGGGGUUGUUUUCCAUUGAGUCUGCUUUCUGCAAGAAGUAACAGUUGGAUAGCAGAGGCUUCAGCUCUCUUCCACUCAGAAUGUAACUGCUAUACAGGUGUUUUGGUGCACACACGUCCACUGCUGCUCCCUGCCCCGUUUGCAGCAACGAUCUCCCAACCAGCAUGGCAUGGACCAGUGAUGCUAAUUUUAGUUUUAUGUUAAAAACAACUCCCAAUUAUUUCCCAGCUACCUACUAAAACACUCUGCCUCUCUCACCACUCUCCCCUUUUUUCGUUUAUUUGGUUUUUUUAAUUUAAAUUAUAUUUGACAUUAUAUCCACUGUUAACAAUUAUUGAGGUUUUGCAUAAUGCUUAAGUGUGUUCAUUUUGUGUGACAGAAUCACUGGUUCAAUUGACAUCUAGACCUGUCAUGCUUUGUUACUUGUUCUGCUUUAUUUGUUGUCAGUUAAGUGUUACACAACUAACCAUUGAUGCACAAUAACCUAAGAAGCUGACAGAGAAUAAAGUGUAUAAGUUACCGAUCUUAUAUGUGCCAAUAAAAUGUCAGACUUUAAAGAAAAACGACAGCCAUUAUGACAAAAAUUCCAAUGAAGAUGUAUCCCAGUCAAAGAAACACAUUCCACUGUGGAUAAAAGCAGAGACUGUGCACUACAUUAAACGACAGGUCUAGAAUAUACAUGAAUUUCACAUGACAAAAGUGCAGGAUGCAACUCAUUCAGGGGAGGCAGCCUCACCAACGCAAACGGUUAGCCCAAAUGAGCUGCCCAGAUGUUUGGCCGUGUCUAGAUGACACUUCGUAAUCCUCUCAGCUGAAAGCAUCUGAAAAACAUUUCUCUGAGCCCAAUUGUACAACAGCAGCAGUAAUCAAGGAUUUAUUUGUUCUUUCAAUUAUAAUUCGUAAUUAUAAGGCCACACUUUCCUUACAGGCAAUGAGAGUCUUUCCUGCAAGAGGCCCAGUGUGUGUCAGUAACAUGGCUGAAGUUUGCAUCUGGAACUUUGCAAAUGUUUUUUGGGUUUUUUUCCUAAAAAGUGAACAUAUGACAGGUAUAUUUCUGCAGGAUUAAGAGUGUUGACCUACUGACCUUGAUGAAACUAUAGAACUAUUUGGAUAAUAGUAUUACAACUGGUGGAGGUGAGGGGUUAAAAUAUUCUCUUGUAGUUGAAUUUGUCUUUCUUGGUGAGUAGCUGACGUUAAAGCUGCUCAUUACUGAGCUUGCAGGUGUAGCUCUUCUCAAAGCUUUAGUUUCUUUUUCCAUCAUCCUGCUGGCACCAAAAUUGAUCCAAUAGUAUGUUUGUCUUAAAAUGUUUCCAUUAUUAUUUGAUCAUCCAUCUUCACACUGAGGUUUCAUUUCACACUGAGAUCUUACAAAAGAAAAGAUGAUGUCAAUCCUGGACAGUUUUUAUUUCUCAGAAGGAGGUGUAAAUUUAACGAAGAGGAUGUUAUAUUAAUUGUACACACUCUGGAUUAAAAUGUCCAGUCAGGGGAGUUGAUACAAAAAAAUCACUCCUGUUUUUCACAGAGAUGCUCUUUCAGUGUUGAUGACUUCUUGCCAGAUCAAACUCAAAAUGCUAAUGAUUAUUUUCUUCUUUAAGAUGUUUUACGUUAUCUGCUUCAGUCUCAGUUAAAUGUUGUUUUUGCACAGCUAAUGAGAACUCUUUCAUUCAGUUCAUCUCACAACUUUUACUAGUUAUUUAAAAAAUUGAAGGUGAUUCUUUUAGAUGAGAAGAUUGAUUGCACUAUUAUCAAGUCACUAACACAGAUUGUAUAUAAACGAUGGAAUUGGUCACAGUAAUGUCACCAGUUGGUUAUGUGGAGCUGAAGGUGCCUGUUUUCAUUGUGAGCAUCGUAAUGUUUUUGAAUUGGAUGUGAGGCGUGAUGGAUGGAUCAGACUGAAACUAUUGCUAUUCAGUUUGGUCGCCUCCUGUUGGCCAUUUAUAGAAAUUCAGAGUUAAAGCUCUUCCACAUUGGCUUCACUUUACAAGCCCAGAGGCUACCUCGAUCUUUUAUAUAGUCGAUGUUCACGAAUUAGCUUAGCUUAGUUCAGUGUGACGGGUAGAAACGAGUGAAACUGUGUAGCCUGGCCUCAUUCAGCCUUCAAGAACCAUCAAAGCUUACAAAUGAUCCUGUAUAUUUUGUUUGAUCUUUAGAAAGAAGGAUGAAAACUUCACUGGAGUUAAUUGAGUUAAUUGGUGGUUGGUUUUUAGUCUGUUUGCAUGGAUAGAGCAAAUAAUUGUCUUUACCAGCUAACAUCAGACUUAAUGGCUACCAUUGACUGACACAUUCAGUGACAGUUAACAGUAGCAGUGACACUCAAGUAUUGUCACCUUAAUUCUGUGCCGACUACAAGAUGCUGAAACAAUUGGUUAUUUUGUUCUAAUGAAGACUUUGGUUUCUGUUGUAGAAAAGGCAGAACAAUAACAUUUUAAUUAUCAGCCAAAUUAUUAUUUUUAAAUGUUGUUAUUGGCCCAGCUUUUCAGAGCUAAUUCUCUAUUGACUAUUUCUAUUAAGAUAAAUAAUUCCUAUGCUUGGUCUCAAUUUCGUUCACAAUAUUAGUGCACUUCAUGUAGUACUAUAGCUACUACUACAUACUGACUUGUCUAGUAUGUAAGUUUGGACUGAUUAAUGUCUCAAAUGGACAUGUCACGUCCUGUUCUUAAAUGAAAUGACAUUCUGAAUUCUAUCAUUCAAGUAGCCAAGAACUGAGACACGACGGUGGUUUCCAGUCUAAAUGCACACACAAAUGUAAGAGUGGUAUCAAUCUUCUCAUCCAGGUUUUGUCCAGAAGGACAAAAAAAGCUCAUUUCCUCAGUUUAUUGAUUGGAGUAGGAGCUGUUUUAUACUGGGUUCAUAUUUUAGGAUUAUUUAAUGUCUUUAUAACACCUUUAGGCACUUUAUAAAUAUCAGUGUGCUGAUGUGUUGGUUUGACAGACUGCCUUAAGGCAGUCUGUCAAACCAAACCUUUUUUUUUUCUUUUCUUUUUUUGGAUCCAAACUGGCAGUUAUCUCUUAUGAGUGGCAAUAAUAAAUGCUCCUGAAAGUACACAGAGGUUAUGUCCCUGUAAAAUGCAUUCACUUUUGUGUCCACUGUUUGUAGCAGUGUUUUUGCAGCCUCCGUUUGUCUAAAGCUAGGUCUGAGUUUUUGUUUUUUUGUUUUGUUUUUUUAGGGCAAAGUGCAUUGUGUCACAUCUCAUCUCACUUUUCAGUCAGGACUUUUUUCCAAAUGUAUAGAUGAUAUCCUGUAUACAUAGAGAUUGUAUCAAGCCUUGUGCAUUUUUUUUAAAUAUUCAAAGUUAUUUUUGAAAUGUUGGUAUAAAAGAAAAAAAGUUAAUAUUUUUGAUAGAAGGUUGGCUACAUUAAUUGUGCAGUUUGUGUAGCAAGCUGUUUGAGAGGAGAAACAAAUCAAGAAAUGAAUGAAUUGUUAUAAGGUGGAAAUAUCUAAUCUCAAAAUACAUGAAGCGUUCUAGUUUGACAUGAAUGUUUUUGGUAAAAAUCUGAAUACUGAGCUUAGUUAUGAACUCUUCUGCAAGUCGUGCUCUAAUUCUUAGCAACAACUGGGUUAUUAUGAAUACUCAUGUAUAGACUUGUAAACCUCCCGGUUGAUUGCAGUCUUCUAGAUGUAUGAAGGUUUAUAUACAGGUUUUUUAAUCACUGAAAUCUGUGAGUUGUUGAUUAACUUCUCCAUGUGAGAUAUGUUUAUUAAACACUAGAAAGGUCAACUGCC